AAAAACAGAUUGAUCUGGGACACCCUCUGUAGUCAGUAACAUUAGUAGCACAUCGCUUGCACUUUUCUAUAACCUCGUCUCACCAGGGUGAAACGAGCGAUAUACGGUAAUGAAUAAACGAAAGUGAUACACGCAAAUCGUUACGUCUGGACAGAGGAAACUGCGUGUUAAAUCGGAGCGUGUCGUAAAAGCACUCAAGACGUGCAGUCGCGUGUCCAACGCUCGAAAAUACGUAUUUCGACGUUCACAUUUCGGACUUACGACAACCUGUCUGUUAGUCGUCGUUGGCGUUGCGUCAAUGUAACGGAGCUAUUUUAAUUUCGAAUUUCGGACGACCCUGAUGUACGCUAUCGAGUAUCUGAGACGCACUACGAGCUCGCACUGGUAUUUCUGCGACACAGAUCGGAAUCUACGACACGCUAGCAAUUGAUUGCGAAGAAGGAUCAAAUUGUUUUCUCCUCAAGAUGGGUGAUAUCAAGUACUAUGGAAAAAGAAGAAGUAUCGUAAGGAGAAUCGGUUCCUUUCUACCACUGAAACCACCACCAAAAAUCUAUGUCAGUGUAACACCCUUGCACUCCAUGACAAGCUCAAUGAUAAAUGAGGAUUCUAGUAGCAAUUAUAUGGAUACUAACGGAUACGGUCCUGUAAGACUUUCUGGCAGCAGACCAGAUCUGUUAGAACCAAUUAGUUUUGGAUCUGAAGUGCGAUUACUCGCGCUAGAGCAGGAGUUGCAAGAACUUAGGGAACAAAUCUCCACAAUUGUGAAAAACAACAAAAUGUCCAAACACGCGUCUGUUGUAUCUCUGCCCAACGGAGCAGGUGACGGUGAAUCCUUGCCAAUGUCACCGCCUCUGCCACCCCCACUUCCACCGCCACCUACAACGCCGCAUAUCGCGAGGAGGGCUAGCUUGCAAGAUCAUAAAAUCGAGGAUCGCAAAAAGAUCACGAUGAACGUGCAGAAAUCGACGGGCGAUAUGCUGAGUGAUAUCGACAGCGUAAAAUUGCGGCCAAUCGCGAGAUCUCCAGGUGGACAUCCUAUACGAGUGAAACGCGAGAAUAGCCCGUGCAAUGAUUUGCAGGAGAUACUACGAAGACGUUACGUCGCUAUCGCGAUGCAGUCUCCUGACAGCAGAAAUUCGUCGACGGCCAACCUAGCUAUGGACGAUUCAUUUUGAGCAUCGUACGUGAAAGCGAAUGUUAUUCAAUGUACAUUCACGCGAAAUUUAGGACUUUUGCAUCAAGUAAUAAGAAGUGUCGCGACGUACACAAUACCGUUUACGUUCGUAAUCUCAUUUGCACUUUGCAUUAGCUGAAGCCUACAGUAAGAGUCUUAAGCCAAAGAUCAGUUCACUAUACCGACGUAAUAUAACUCUAGUAGAGUCUUUCUUUUGUAAGGAAGAAGUCAUGAUCAAAGCUUAGUCCUUUUGCUGGUGUGAUUUGAGAAAGGCCAUUUUAAUUUUUUACGACUGAAGCAAAUACUCUAGUUUUGCAGGUAAAGCUAUUGCGAUAUCAGAAUCUCACAGUGGUUUUUCUUGCAAGAUCCAGCCAUACAAUUGUCCGACAUAGAUAAAUAUUAUUUUUACGGCGGCUCGUGACGAGAUGGAUAGAUAGAUAGAUAGGUAGAUAGAUAGAUAGAUAGAUAGAUAGAUAGAUAGAUAGAGUAUACGAUUACUGCUACUGUUUAUAUAUCACUGACGUAAUUGAGAAAUUUUAGUCGAUCUGAUGUAAGAAAAAUAAAUUCUAUUGGUCCAUACCUAUUAGAAUGAGAUCUGUAUUGCAACAAUUUUAUAAGUAAGUUGUAUUCUGUUACGUCUGAAUACGUGGAACCUGCUUCUCUUAAAUUUUAAAAACGUUGACUCGAAGUUUUGUAACUGCGCUGGCGCAGAAUAUACCUCAAUGAACAUAUUGAAUAUCAAGAUCUGCGUGUGUAUGUGAAAGUGUGCAAGAUAUUUCACUACUAAUCUCACUCUUCUAGAGUAUCUCAUUAUAUAUUAGUUCAUUUUUAUAUUGAUAUUCGCUCAAUCUCACGAUAACUUUUAAUACCGUCUAAAUUUUAUGAAAAUCUCAUGUGGAGUAUCAAUGAUACUUUGUCCACUAUCUAAGACUUGAAUCCGGUGAAUUAAUAAUCCCGCAUCCAAGAGAAUAAAAUGAGAAAUGAAGGAUAAUUGCAAUACAGUCAUACGCGGAUCAUUAGAAAUUUAUUUUUCUUACGGUCAUUAUUAUCUGUAACUAUGUAUAGCGGUAAUACGGUUGGACGAAUAUUGAACAUAUUGUCGCACACAAAUUGAUAUAAAACCAUAUACACAACAUGUGAGCGUUUAACUGAUGAAAUAUGCGGCAUAAGUCACCGUAUUUAUGCUGAGUGGUUCAGCGGUUCAGAAACUCUGGUGGAUUUGGUAGUCUUUUUGUAUGCACCUAUGCGCGCCACGGUGCAUCCAACCGUAAUUCGCUAAUAGAAAUUAUUUUCACGAAAAUAAUGUGGUCGUUCGGAUAGCGAACAAGCAUCUAACAAGAGGAUUGAGUUAAUAUACUUUGGAAUGCUUUUUGGACUGGUCCCACUGAUAUUACUUGAAACAAAUUUUGCUCAUUAUGCAAUUUUUGUCUUCUUAUCUGUAUAAAACGGUAUAAAAAGAAUAGCUAUUCACUAAAACGGAUUUACUCAACGCAGGCUGUUGGUUGUAACCGGGCUUUAAAGUACUAAAAUUGCGAUAACUUCUCAUUGGAUAUUUUCGUUUACAAAUCUAUUGUUUGUAAAAUUCUGAGAAAUUUUAAGUAGAAUUACAUUGCGUAAAGAUUUGCUAGUGAUCUUAUUACACUAGGAGGGGUAAAUUUACUGUUCGAUACGAUGUCACGUUUCUAGAAAAAGAUCUGAGAUCACACUUUUACCUAUAUUAAUAGUUAUUAUUUGAAACUUGUCUUGGGUAAAAUAUUUAGGCUUGAACUUAAAUAUGUGUUUUCCAGCUUCGCAAUUGCAUACGUAAUGUCACAUGUAUUAUAUAAUAAAAGAACUCAUCUAACUCUUUAAAUUCAGAUCUGAGUAUCUCACAAGUGGGACAAGUUUCAAGUAAAGACUAUAUGGAUCUUUAUGGAAAGAAAAGUAGUACACAAAUUGAUAUCAGUUGAUUUAAUAAUACAGAAAGGAAUCGGCAAAUAAUCGGAAAUAUCGAUGCUUUUUUUCUUUUUAAAAUAAAUAUACAACAGGCUUCUAUAUUUCCGCGGGUGGAUAUGUGUAACAAAAUCGAAAAGUGGAAUUCUCAAUUUUAAUCGCGUAGAGGGACUUGUACGCCACUCGUAUUCGGAGACUGAACGGUAUCUUCGACGAUAUUACGAAUGUACAGAUGCGUUUUAUACAUGAAGCUUUUAUCGACGACUUAUGAAAAUAAACUUUAUUGUUAAAUAACA